GGAAGGAAUAAAUGCAAGAUGGCUCCUCAUAUAAAAUCAGCCGCCUGGCUUCUCUUUUGUGAUCAACAAAAUUACUUUCCCCCACUCAUUCGAUUAAAAUACCGUAUUUGGGGAAGUGCAGAAGGGUGAAUUCGUCUGUGCGCUGGUGUAAGCGUUACUCAGCGUCUCCGGGCGCUGUGGGAGAUAUUUUAGAAGCGAGCACCGCAAUUUUGAGCCCGUGCGCGAGAUAUUGGGCCUGGCCGCGCACGCGACGGCCGGCGAUACAACAGCGCGAGCCCGAACCUGAACCUGAACCCGGUGUCACCGGCGCUAAUCCGGUUCUUUACCCGGACACCCGAACUGCUCACAUGGCGGUUUCUAGGCUGGAACGUCUUUUUAUCUUGCUGGAUACAGGUACGACUCCUGUGACCAGGAAAGCAGCUGCUCAGCAGCUGGGAGAUGUUGUCAAACUUCACCCACACGAGCUUAAUAACCUUCUAUCGAAGGUUUUAACAUACUUGAGGAGUCCAAACUGGGAUACGCGAAUCGCAGCAGGACAGGCUGUCGAAGCCAUAGUGAAGAAUAUACCAGAAUGGAACCCAGCUCCAAAGCCAAAAGACGAGGUGUGUGCAGAAGACAUGUCUCCAGAGGACAGCUCCUCAGACAGGCUGAGUUUCUACAGGUUCGAUAUCUCCCGUCUGCUCAAGCACGGAGCAUCGCUGCUCGGCUCUGCAGGUGCAGAGUUUGAGAUGCAAGAUGACAAGUCAGGUGAGACAGAUCCCAAAGAACGUUUGGCCCGGCAGAGGAAGCAGUUACAGAAGAAGUUAGGAUUGGAUAUGGGUGCUGCCAUUGGCAUGGACACAGAGGAGCUUUUUAACGAUGAGGACUUGGAGGACACCUGUGUCUCCAGUACCAGCAGAACACAUUCUAAUAAAAGCCUGGGCUGCCCCUUCUCACGCAACCAUGUGCCGGCAGCAGAACUCAUAGAUUCAGAGUUUUGCCCAGGCAUGAGCAAUCGACAGAAGAACAAGGCCAAGAGGAUGGCAAAACUGGUUGCAAAGCAGAAAUCCAGAGACAUGGAUCCUAAUGAGAGGAGCAAUGACAGUUUUGAGGGAGAACCAGAGGAGAAACGACGGAAAACCACAAACGUGGUCAUAGAGCAGCCAGCGACAGACAGCAAAGUCUUAAUUGAUAAUGUCUCUGAUAACUCCAGUUUAUCUGAGGAGACUCAGGAAUGGCCAUUGGAAAGUUUCUGUGAGGAACUGUGCAAUGAUCUCUUCAACCCUUUGUGGGAGAUUCGUCAUGGUGCUGGCACUGGACUGAGAGAAGUGCUGAAGUGUCAUGGUGCUGGCGGAGGAAAGACGGUUGGCAGUACAUCUGAACAGAUGGAGCGACAGCAUCAGGAGUGGCUGGAGGAUUUGGUGAUUCGGCUUCUGUGCGUCUUUGCUCUGGACCGAUUUGGAGACUUUGUGUCUGAUGAGGUGGUUGCGCCUGUCAGAGAGACAUGUGCUCAGACUCUUGGUGUGGCCUUGAGGCACAUGACAGACAGCGGUGUUGCCAUGACGGUGGAUAUUCUGCUUAAGCUGCUAACUGAAGACCAGUGGGAGGUUCGACACGGAGGCUUGCUAGGCAUCAAAUACGCUCUCGCCAUCAGACAGGAUUUGAUCUCAGAGCUGCUGCCGCGUGUUCUUCCUGCCAUCACAGAAGGGCUGAGGGAUCUGGAUGAUGAUGUUCGUGCCGUGGCAGCAGCAGCUUUAAUUCCAGUGGUGGAUGGAUUAGUUCAGCUGCAGCCUGAUAAGGUUCCAUUCAUCGUUGACACACUGUGGAAUGCUCUGUUGGAGCUGGAUGAUCUUACAGCCUCGACCAACAGCAUCAUGACCCUCCUGUCAUCCCUGCUCAUCUACCCACAUGUCCGCCAGUGCAGCAUGCAGCAGUCCCUGACUGUGUUGGUUCCUCGAGUGUGGCCGUUCCUAAGACAUACCAUCGCAUCUGUUCGUCGGGCAGCCUUAGAGACCCUCUUUACACUGCUGUCCAAAGCUGACCAGAGUUGUGCCGUGUGGCUGAAUCCCAUCAUGCAGGACAUGUUAAGACACAUUUUUCAGUCCUGCAUCCUGGAGAGCAAUCUAGAGAUCCUAGAACUGAUUCAGAAGGUGUGGGGGGAGUUGUUGCGGCAGGCCCCGCAGCAGUAUGUGGUUGCAGCCAGCUGUCCCUGGAUGGGUGCCUGGCUCUGUUUGAUGAUGCAAGCACCACACAUCCCAAUAGACCCCAACAUGCUACUAGAAGUGAAGGCCCGCUUAAAGGAGAAAGCCUCUGGGAAGACCCGACAAGGAUCUGCUCCAGUCAAGGAAACAAUCCAGGAGUACAUUGGUGGAGCAGAGACUAUCACUGAAGACCCUGCCACACGAGACUACGUGGUGACCCGUGCACGUCUAAUGGCUGCAAAGCUGUUGGGGGCGCUGUGUAGUUGUAUCUGUGACCCGCAAUUGAACAGCUCCUCUCAGGAACUCCGGCCUGCUGAGUCUCUGGCUCAGCUCUUACUGUUCCACCUCAACUCCAAAUCGGCCCUGCAGCAGAUUGCUGUUGCCAUGGUGAUCUGUGAGUGGGCAGGCCUGCAGAAGGAGUGUGAGCUGCUGUCCAGCGUGGUUCAGCCUCGUUUGCUGGUCAUCCUUUCUGAGCAACUUUAUUAUGAUGAGAUCGCCAUUCCUUUCACACGCAUGCAGAAUGAAUGCAAACAGCUCAUAGCGCUGCUGGCUGACGCCCACAUCGACGUGAGAGAACGAAUGAACUGCACUGUGUUUACUAUUGAUCAGGCUAAUGAGCUGGUAACCACCAUCUUCUCAGAGUGCACCUCAUCUCUGAACCUGAAGUCACGUCAGUUCCAGCCGUUGGACAGUAAGAGGCUGCAGGCUCGUUCCACCGUUUGUGAGACCAGCGCAGAGUGGCAGCAGCUGCAGCUGAGAGUUCACACCUUCACGGCCUGUGCUGUGGUUAGGCUGGCCAUGCUGCCUGACAAACUCAACCCUGUGGUCAGACCCCUGAUGGAGGCGGCCCGUCGCGAAGAGAACAUGCUUGUUCAGGGUUACGCGGCCUCCAACAUUGCUCGUCUGCUACAGCUGUGUGCUUCGAGAUCUCCCUGCCCAAAUGCCAAGAUUGUAAAGAAUCUCUGCAGCUCUGUAUGUGUAGAUCCGAUGCUCACUCCCAGCGCUGCCUGUCCUGUUCCACCAACCAGCACUCCUACAGUACAAGAGAGCAGUAAAGCAUCUGUGGCUGAGAAGGAUGCAAUGCAUCACAUGGUGAAUAAGACGAAGGGCAUCAUCACUCUUUACCGACACCAGAAAGCAGCUUUCGCCAUUACCAGUAAGAGGGGACCUACCCCCAAAGCCCCCAAAACCACCACCAAUGACCUGCCCCUAGGAAGCAGCAUUGCUGCGGAAACGGAUGAGAGCAAGAAGCCAUGCCUUAUCCAGAGGAGAGGAGCAGAGUUCUCUUUAAUGACAGUCGCCAGGCAUUUCGGGCAGGAGCUGACAAGAGCUUUGCCAUAUCUCUGGGAGUCCAUGACCGGCCCGCUGAGGAACGCAAUGAAUGCUCAGGGAUUUGAUUCCAGCCAGUUGUUGAAGCAGGGAGAUUCAGUUGCUCAGGAGCUUGUGAACUCUCUGCAGGUGCUGGAGGUCACAGCAGGAGCCAUGACCCAAGAGCUCAUUCCUUUAGUGAUGGAGCAGCUGCCUCUCCUGUGCACCUGUCUACAGCAUCCAUACACGGCUGUACGUCACAUGGCUGCACGCUGUGUGGGUGUGCUCAGUAAGAUCGCUACCAUGGAGACAAUGAAUGUGUUCCUGGAGCAUGUGUUACCCUGGUUAGGUGCUAUUGAUGACAACACCAAGCAAGAAGGAGCUAUUGAAGCACUGGCUUGUGUGAUGGAGCAGUUGGAUGUGGAUAUUGUGCCCUACAUAGUGCUACUGGUGGUCCCUGUGCUGGGCCGUAUGAGUGACCCCUGUGACAGUGUGAGGUUCAUGGCCACGCAGUGCUUUGCUACUCUCAUCAGACUGUUGCCGCUCGAGGCUGGAAUCCCAGACCCGGCGUCUAUGUCUGAAGAUCUGAUUCGGCAGAAGGCCAGAGAACGGCACUUCCUUGAGCAGCUACUGGAUGGAAGAAAACUCGACAAUUACAAGAUUCCAGUGCCCAUCAAAGCAGAGCUCAGGAAAUACCAGCAGGAUGGUGUGAACUGGCUAGCGUUUCUCAACAAGUACAAGCUUCAUGGGAUCUUAUGUGAUGAUAUGGGUCUGGGUAAGACCCUGCAGUCCAUCUGUAUACUGGCUGGCGAUCAUUUCCUUAGAGCUCAAGAGUACACCAGGACGAAAGCUCCCGAUUGUUGCCCUUUGCCCUCUAUAGUGGUGUGUCCACCAACGCUGACUGGCCACUGGGUGGAUGAGGUCGGCAAAUUCUGCUCUAAAGAGUAUCUCAAUCCUCUGCACUAUACUGGCCCCCCCACAGAAAGAGCACGGUUACAGCACCAGGUGAAAAAACACAAUCUUAUUGUUGCCUCGUAUGAUGUCGUCAGGAAUGACAUUGACUUUUUCAGGGAUAUUAAGUUUAAUUACUGUAUUCUUGAUGAGGGUCACGUCAUUAAGAAUGGGAAGACAAAACUUUCCAAAACAAUCAAGCAGUUAACUGCCAAUUACAGAAUAAUCCUCUCAGGAACACCUAUUCAGAACAAUGUUCUGGAGUUAUGGUCACUCUUUGACUUCCUGAUGCCAGGCUUUCUUGGUACAGAGCGCCAGUUUGCUGCCCGCUAUGGGAAGCCCAUCCUCGCCAGUCGAGAUGCUAAAAGUUCCUCACGUGAACAGGAAGCAGGUGUGCUGGCAAUGGAGGCAUUGCAUAGACAGGUUCUGCCCUUCCUCCUGAGAAGAAUGAAGGAUGAUGUUCUUCAAGAUCUACCACCCAAGAUCAUACAAGAUUAUUACUGCAACCUCAGUCCUCUACAGGUUCAACUGUAUGAAGACUUUGCAAAGUCUCGCGCAAAGGUGAAUGUGGAUGACGUGAUCUCCACAGCAUCAGCACAGGAAGAAGAGGAGAAGCCCAAACUAAAGGCUACCGGACACGUCUUCCAGGCUCUGCAGUACCUGAGAAAGCUGUGUAAUCACCCAGCACUGGUGUUGACUCCUCAACAUCCAGAAUACAAACACAUCGCAGAACAGCUUGCCAGUCAACACUCCAGCCUCCGAGACAUCCAGCACGCCCCAAAACUCUCUGCACUCAAACAGUUAUUGUUGGACUGUGGACUGGGUUCUGCUGGAUCGACUGAUGGUGGCACAGAGGCUGUGGUAGCUCAGCAUCGCGUUCUGAUCUUCUGCCAGCUGAAGAGCAUGCUGGACAUCGUGGAACAGGAUCUGCUCAAACUCCUUCUGCCUACCAUCACCUACCUCAGACUGGACGGAAGCGUUCAGGCCGGCCUCAGACACUCCAUAGUCUCUAGGUUUAAUAAUGACCCAUCCAUAGACGUCCUGCUGCUCACCACCCAUGUGGGUGGACUGGGUUUGAAUCUAACAGGUGCUGAUACUGUAGUGUUUGUGGAGCAUGACUGGAACCCUAUGAGAGACUUGCAGGCCAUGGACCGAGCACACAGAAUAGGACAGAAACGUGUGGUAAAUGUGUAUCGUCUCAUCACGCGGGGUACGCUGGAGGAGAAGAUCAUGGGUCUGCAGAAGUUUAAGAUGACCAUCGCCAAUACAGUCAUCAGCCAAGAGAACGCCAGUCUGCAGAGCAUGGGCACAGAACAGCUGCUCAACCUCUUCACACUAGACAAGGAUGAAAAGGCAGACAAGAGUGAGGCGUCCUCGUCCUCUGGGAAACCCAGUAUGAAGUCAGUUCUUGAUGGACUGAGUGACCUGUGGGACCAGCAGCUGUAUGAGAACGAAUACAACCUGGACAGCUUUAUGCAUUCACUCAAAUGAACCCAGUACAACAUGCACGACAGACAACCAGAAAAGACUUGAAGCAUAAAGGAACGAUGGCGAGAUGUCCAUCGCCUUCAAACACUCCAGUCUAAUGCUCACCUACAAAUCUCUCAUGACUGUCACAGUCUUCCAACUUUUCCCUUGCUAGCAGUCUCUUGUAAUUCGCUCAAGACUGACGUCUGCAGUCCGUUAUUAAAUUGUCUCCUAGUUUGGCACCGGAGGAAGUCUUAAAGCUAUUCUUAAAGUGUUGCACAAGCAUCUGUGUGAAUAAAUUCUGACAAAUUAACCUCAGGAUUUCCAGAACUCGCCAUCAGUAUCACAGUGACAGUAUUACCAGACAGAACUAAAUGAAAACGGUGAGUUAAGAACUGGAAUGCACUGAAAACACUUCCGUCAUCUUGUAGAUCAGUGAAGGACAGCGUUACUGCAUCCUCCAGCCCACUCUAGGGGGGUUUAACUGACUAUUGUAGGAAUAUGAAGGGCUUGUAGUUGCUGCCCUAUCAGACACAUCGUGUAAAAUGUCUUACAUGCACUGAUUGAUCUUUAGGCACAGCUGGAAGAGCAGCAGAAUGUUUGCAGAUACUUUUGUAGCAUUUUAAAAGGAAAACAAAAAUUAGGACUUGUAAAUAUUUCUGUUAUUUGCCUUUUUUGGGUAAGCUGGUAGAAUUUUAAUAAAUUCUAAUGAGCUCACUUUAAAGAGUGUAUUUUUUUGCUUGUCUGUUUGCAUUUAUUUAAACUGCAUAAAUGAACAGUUAAAUUAGGCAGAAAGCAUUUAUGGAUGAAGUAUUUCAUUUAUAUAUUAUGCAGUGCAUUAAAUUUGUCAUUUUUGUGAAAGUAUUUUUUGGACUAUUAGCACAUUGUUACUAUGCUGUAUA